UCCUCCCCAGAGCCAGUCGCACCGUCCGUCGCUCCCCAGGUGCCACGUCCUCCUCUGGGUCCCCAGCGCCAUGGGCCCCCCUCCUGCCCUGCUCCUCGCCCUGGGCGUCAUCUGGACCCGCCUCCCAUUGGCUGCUGCUCGUAAGUUGCCUGCAGAAACCAGCGUUGUCCAAGAAUACCCCCUCUCCAAGCCCUCCAUCUCCCUCAGCCCCAGCGGGGAGAUCGCGCCGGGGACGGACGUCACCAUCUCCUGCCACGGGCCGCAGCAGGGCGUGCGGUUCAAAAUGUACCGGGCCGGGGUCGUGCGGUGGCACAUGGAGCCGGCCGGCUCGACGGCCGAAUUCCACAUCCCCAACGCCCGGCGGGAGGACGGGGGCAGCUACACCUGCAGCUAUGAGACCCUGAGGGAGCCGCCUGUCAGCUCCCCGCACAGCGACCCCCUACAGCUGGUGGUAGAAGCUCACUACCCCAAGCCCUCCAUCUCCCUCAGCCCCAGUGGGGAGAUCGCGCCGGGGACGGACGUCACCGUCUCCUGCCAGGGGCCACGGCAGGGCGUGCGGUUCAAGCUGUACCGGGCCGGGGUCGCGCAGAGGCACACGGAGCCGGCCGGCUCGACGGCCGAAUUCCGCAUCCCCAACGCCCGGCGGGAGAACGGGGGCAGCUACACCUGCAGCUACGAGAGCCUGAGGGAGCCGCCCGUCAUCUCCCCCCACAGCGACCCCGUGCAGCUGGUGGUAGCAGACGCUGGUUCUGGUCCCGCAGGGCGAACCGACCCGACCCAGCCUGGAGCCGCGCCGGCUCCCACCCGCCCGGGCAGCACACUGCCAGGCGCCCCCCCGAGGCAGGAUUACCCCCCGUUUGCCAUCGUCCGUCUGUCCCUGGCCGCCGGGGUCCUGCUGUUGCUGGUGUUCAUCCUGGCCGAAGCUGCCUACAGCUGGAGGAGGACCCCCCACCUGCUGACCCCCCCACGGCCCGGCGGGGAGCGGGGCCGGCAGCCCGAGGGGCAGACGGAGGCCCCAGCGUGGGAACUGCAGCCCCCCCAAAUUCCUGCCCGGUCACUGGGGACAGAGAUAGCAGGACACACACAUGUGCGGGGACGGGGGGCGGUUAUCGGACCCGCGGGCCCAUCCAUAUCGAUCUGA